AUGGCAGCCACGUCAGACGUACCACCUUCCACGUCAGCCGCGCUAGCGGACACGUCAGCGACGAAGAUCAAGUUCGGGCGGUGGGAUUUGGACCCCAGAGAGGUCACGUGCUCAUCACCCCUCGGCGUGUUGUGCCACGCCACGAUUCGAGGAACUGGCUCCCGAAAAGGUCACGUGCUCGUGUUGCCUCGGCGUGUGGUGCCACGCUACAAGGACAUGACUGCCGAGGAGGUCACAGACAUGUGGCUGCUGGCGCAGAAGAUUGGUCAAGCCUUUGAACCCCACCAUGGAUGCACCUCGUCUACGUACACCAUCCAGGACGGACCAGCAGCAGGGCAGACAGUGGCGCAUGUUCACGUGCAUGUCAUGCCACGGAGGGAAGGGGACUUUGUACCCAAUGACAAGAUCUACAAUGAGAUUGAGGAGAAUGAGGAGGCUAAGAAGCUGAGGAUGGACGCUGAGGAGAACCGACCAGCCCGCACCAUGGAUGACAUGGAAGCAGAGGCCAAGGAGUUAAGACGGGUGCUGGAGGAGUUUGAGAAGGGAGAAAAGGGAGAGAGGAUGGGUGAAAAGUGA